AGACGGGGCAUUAUCAGCAAGAGGAACCAGCGCGUCGGGAGAGAGGAGGAAGCGGCGGGGGAGUCGCGCGGCGUUGGCAGCGGCGGACCAGCAGGAAAUACCUUGACUAUGGAGUUGAAACCAUGAAGAAGAAUCAGAAAGAAUAAUAAUGUUUUUCCGAAAUCGUUUCCUGUUCUUGUUGGCUGUGGCAGCCUUAUUAGCUGUUCUGAGCCUUAGCCUACAAUUCUUACACUUGAUCCCCAUUAAUCCGGUUAAAGAAGAUGGUUUGAAUUCUAAGAAUCGAAAGAGAAUUAUGCCAAAUCCACUGACAGAGCCACCUGCCAUAGAUCCUAUUUAUGAAGCCAAAUUUUAUUGUAACAUUCCCAGCAUACCUGAACGCAGUAUGGAAGGCCAUGCACCUCAUUAUUUUAAGCUGAUUUCCGUUCAUGCGCUGAUCCGUCAUGGCGACCGAUAUCCUCUUUAUGCCAUUCCCAAAACAAAAAGGCCAGACAUUGACUGUACUUUAGUUCCUAGCAGAAAACCUUCUCAUCCUCAGCUUGAAGCUUUUAUCAACCAUAUGUCUAAAGGAGCAGAAGCACAAAUGGAUGGUACUCUGAGCAUCAUGCCUCGUUACCCCAGCCAUUCACAGUGUGAAAUGGGAGAACUUACGCAGACAGGAAUUGUACAACACUUGCAAAAUGGACAACUGCUACGAAAUAUUUAUUUAAAGAAGCAUAACCUGAUACCAAGUGACUGGACAGCUAAACAUUUGUAUUUGGAGACUACUGGAAAGAGUCGAACACUACAGAGUGGACUGGCAUUACUCUAUUCUUUCCUGCCAGAGUUUGACUGGAAAAAAAUUAACUUCAGGAACCAAUGGAGCACCAUUUUUUGUUCUGGAAAUUGUGAUUGCCCAAUAAGAAACCAUUACUUAGAGGAGGAACAGCGUCGGCAGUAUAGCCUCCGGGUGAAAAACAUCCAUUUGGAGAAAACAUACACAGAUAUGGCAAGAAUAGUUGGCAUACCUACAAGGCAGUUGAGAGCUUCUAAUCCUAUAGAUUCUAUGCUGUGCCAUUUUUGUCAUAAUGUCAGUUUUCCAUGUACUAAGAACGGUUGCAUUGACAUUGAGCACUUUAAAGUGAUCAAGACACAUCAGCUUGAAGAUGAAAAAGAGAGGCAGUUGAAGAAAUAUUAUUACUUUUAUGCGCUGCUGGCAACUCAUCCUAUCCUUAACCAGACUGUCAGUCGAAUGCAACGCAUUGCAGAUGGCAAAAAAGAAGAAUUAUUUGCCCUUUAUUCUGCUCAUGAUGUCACCUUGUCACCUGUUCUUAGCGCCUUGGGUAUUACUGAGGCCAGGUUUCCAAGAUUUGCAGCUAGACUACUCUUUGAAUUAUGGACAGAUGGAAAGAAAUCUAAAGAACACUAUAUUCGUAUCCUUUAUAAUGGCAUUGAUGUCACAUUCCAGACUUCUUUCUGCCGGGACUAUAACAAACAUUAUGGGAAGCUCAUGUGCCCUUUAGAGAAGUUUGUCCACUUUGUUAAGAAAGACAUGUUUUCUCCCUUUAACAGCACCAACUAUUAUGAUGCAUGUCGCAGAAGACCAUAUUAAAGGAGAAGUUAAACAUUGCAUUUAUUUUGUCAAAAGAUCUGUCUUUUGAAGAAGGUUGAUACUGUAAAUCCUUGUGUGCCUAAGUGCAAAUGAAUACAGCUUGAAAUGGUUUUAUUUUUACCAAAAUUAGUUCUUGAUUGAUUUAAGAAGUCGUAAAUGUACAAUGUCUGUUAGCAAUCUAUGUCACACACUAUUUCUUUGUGCUAAACUUGAUUUGUCUGUUAGCUGCUGUAAAAUGGAUAUUGCUUGAAGAACUGAAUGAAUACAUUUUGGUUCCUUGUUGUUCCACUGCAGAGAUUGCCACGCUAAAGUAAAGACAAACAUUUUUACCAAAAGCAUUUAUUCGCUCAACUCAUCAUGGUUUUUCCUGCAGUGUCCUCUGGACAAACCGUAUGCAGAAAAGUGUUAUAUAUAUUCAAAUGCUUUUUGCUUUUUGUUCACAAAGCUUGAGAACAUUUGACCUUUACACAGGAGCUGCUUUAUGCACAAUUUAGACCCUGUGAAGACUGCUCCUACAAUAAUGUCACAUGGCAUUUUAUGUUUGGUUUGAACAAGUGAAAAAUCUGUAUACAAACAUGUAAUGACUUUUUUAAAGUCACUGGUAUUGUCAGAAACAAGCCAGAUGUUUUGCCCUGCAUUUCCAAUCAGCCAUGGGCCAUUUUAUUUGCCAUUAUCAAUAAUGUAAGGGUCCAAAAGGUUGGUUUGAAAUUACCAUUACAUGUUAGUCCAUGCAGAAAGCGUGGACUAAACUAAAGGCUCUUUGUGUCAAGCCUAGAAUCUAGAAGCAUUUUUUUUUGAAAAAUCAGACUAACAUAUCAUAUACAAAAACCACAAGAAUAUAUGGAAAGGAAAGUUCUGUUCUUUGCACUUUUAGCACUUUAUGUGUACUAUGGACACACAUUUUAUGUGUAGUGGAAUUACAUAAGAAGUAGAAAACUUCAGAUCUGAAUUUUAAUACAUUUCCUUAUCUUUCUGUUUUGUGUUCAAAUCAUUUGUGCUGUGAUUUAAAAAAUCAGUGAAUUGAGCGGUUUGUUGUAUUGGCUGCAUGUGGCCAAAGGAACUUGACAAUGCUUCAUUUUUGUAGCCAAUUUAGUACUUUUAUAGACUAGGUUUUAUAAGCUGAGUCUUGUUUUUUUAUAGUAUAGUGAUUGUACUAUAGUGUACUAAAUGGUUUUUAACUUCUUUAUAAAGGGAUGCCAAAAGCUGUUUUCAAACCCUUCUCCUGUAACCAUGGGAAAUAGAUUUAUGAGAGAAAGAUCUUCUGAACAAUUUUACUUAAAAAGCUAAUAAUGAGAAACUGCAUUUUAAAACAUUUUAUUCAUAUGGUAUUUUUAAACUGCUUGGAAAAGCUUUUUGUUACUAUUGGAAUGCUAUGUUUUAUAAUGUUGUCGUUUUUACACACCCAAAAACCAUAGUGUCGGAUAUGACUUCAGCAGAAAUGGUGCUACCAGUUCAAAGGAGCUGUGACGUGUUCUGACUUUGCUGGCAUUUAACUCUCAUUUUGACAUUGAUACAUUUAAAUGUUUCAAUAAAUAAAGUUUUGAAGAA